AUGCAAGCAUUUGUUGCUGCUGCUGCUGCUAACUCUCAACAGCCACAACAACAACAACGUGGACCUCUAAUCAGGAGUAGAGAUCAACUUUUGGAUGCAUUCUGCAAACGUCGCCCUCCGAUCUUUUAUGGGGAAACAAACCCUAGUGCUGCAGAAGCAUGGAUCAAACAAAUCUCCAAGUACCUGGAAGUACUUAAUGUGACGAAUGCGGGUGAUCGCAUUGCCUUAGCAACAUUUCAGAUGCAAGGGGAAGCAGAUCAUUGGUGGGAUUUGAUUAAGACCACUCAUAAUGUGACAACUAUGACCUGGCGGAUGCUUGAAAACCUUUUUCUCGAAAAAUACUUCCCAGCACCUGUGAAGCAAGCCAUGGCCCAGGAAUUUAUGGACUUGAAGCAGCGUACUCUGACAGUAACCCAGUAUGCUGCCCGUUUUGAAGAACUCGCACGUCAUGCUACUACCAUAGUACCCACCGAUGAUGCAAAGGCAAGGAAGUUCGAAUGGGGUCUGUCCCACUCUAUUCGUACUAGUGUGGUUUCUCAUGAGUACCCCACCUAUGCACAGGUGGUGAGAUGUGCACUUAUGAUGGAACGUGAGAAAUCUGAUUCAAAGUCAACAUGGGAGGCGCAAAAGAAGAAUGGUCCAUCAGUUGGAGGACCAAUCCGAACAAACCACAACAAGACUGUUGUUGCUCAAACACCUUAUUACCAGAACAACCCUCGCCCUCUACAGCAAAUCCCUCAAACCUGGAAGAACUCCAACGCUAAUCCAAAUCAAAACCAAAAUUUACCUCAGGCAUCUUAUAAUCGCAGGUGUUUCAACUGCAACCAAGAAGGCCAUUUCAGGAACAACUGCCCAAAACUUGUUGGAUCUGGGAAUUUUGGGCAAGGGGGACAGCAGCAAUUUCAGGCUCGGCCGUCAGGGUUUGGGAACCAGAAUCCGGUUAAUCCGAACCAACAGAAGAUCGGAUGGAAUCAGCAACAAUCUCGUCCUUUUCAGAACAAUGCAGGCGGACAGAACAAGCCAACAGGAGGCAGAGUCUUUGCUCUACAAGGCACUGAGCAAGAUACUGAGGAGGAGUAUAACCCGUCGGUGAUUCAAGGUACUCUUAUACUAUAUAGCACUUGUAUUCAAGCAUUAUUCGAUUCAGGAGCUUCGCACUCUUUCAUAUCUGCUCCAUGUGUCUCUACUCUUGGACUAGAAACAGAACCUCUAGGGACGACGAUGCAUGUGACCUCACCAUUAGGUGGUAAAAUUUCUGUGGGGUUAAUUUGUAAGGGGUGCGAAUUAGAAGUAUCUACCUUGAGAUUAACUGUUGACCUACGAGUAAUCGACAUGACAGACUUUGAUGUCAUACUUGGAAUGGAUUGGUUAUCCGCGCAUUGCGCUGUCAUAGAUUGCCAUCGAAAAAUGGUGACAGCGUGUUCACCAGACGGUACGUGUUUCAAAUUUAAGGGGGAUAAACAAGACCCCUCUGCUAUAACCACGCACCGAUCGAGGUGGCAUGAUAAGCUUUCUGGCUGGCUAGCAAGCCUCAAGCUCGAGGAGACAAAUCGUAUGGAACUUGGUCUCCCUCACAUUGUGUGUGAGUACGAGGACGUGUUUCCCGAGGAAUUACCUGGACUACCGCCACAUCGAGACUUGGAUUUCACAAUCGAGUUGCAACCAGGUACGGCACCAAUAUCCAUGGCACCAUAUAGGAUGGCACCAGCGGAACUACGAGAGUUGAAGACUCAGCUACAAGAAUUAAUGGACAAAGGUUUUAUCCGACCCAGUACAUCACCAUGGGGAGCCCCUGCUUUAUUUGUCAAAAAGAAAGAAGGAACACUCAGACUCUGCAUCGACUAUCGCCAACUCAAUAGAGUCACAAUCAAGAAUCGUUAUCCUUUACCUAGAAUCGAUGACUUGUUUGAUCAACUGAGAGGAUCAACUUGCUUUUCAAAGAUCGAUCUACGGUCUGGAUACCAUCAGCUGCGAGUUAGAGACAGUGACAUACCCAAGACGGCUUUUCGAACCCGUUAUGGCCACUAUGAAUUUGUGGUGAUGCCAUUUGGGCUAACCAACGCUCCUGCCGUUUUCAUGUGUCUGAUGAACAAAAUUUUCACGCCAUACUUGGACAAAUUUGUGGUAGUGUUCAUUGACGAUAUUUUGGUGUACUCGCCAACUGAGAAGGAACACGAGGAGCAUUUGAGAAUCGUACUGCAAGUACUUCGGGAUAAUCAAUUAUACGCAAAGGCUAGCAAAUGCGAAUUUUGGAUGACAGAAGUCAAAUUCCUAGGACACGUGGUGUCAGAGAAAGGAAUCUCUGUGGAUAACAGCAAAGUAGAAGCUGUCAUGGACUGGAAACGGCCAUCAACAGUGUUUGAGAUUAGGAGUUUCUUAGGAUUAGCUGGCUACUAUAGAAGGUUCAUUCAAGAUUUCUCAAUUUUGGGGAAACCAAUGACGCGACUGACCCAGAAAGGGGUCAAGUUUGAAUGGAAUGAAGCAUGUGAGAAAUCGUUCCAAGAGCUCAAGAAGAGAUUAACCAGCGCCCCCAUAUUAAUCAUUCCCGAGCGGAAUGCCAAUGUAGUUGCUGACGCUCUCAGUCGCAAAACUCGAGGACAUGUGGCAAAGGAUAUGCUCCGUGCCUGUACCUUAGAUUUAGGUGGAAAUUGGGAACGUCACUUGUCGUUGGUCGAAUUCGCUUACAACAAUAGUUAUCAAGCCAGUAUCGAGAUGGCUCCGUACGAAGCCCUAUAUGGACGACCAUGCCGAUCGCCUAUCUGUUGGACCGAGCUAGGAGAGUCAAGCCUUUUGGGACCAGAACUUGUUAGGGAGACAACAGAAAAAGUCAAAAUCAUCCGCCAACGACUUUUGACCGCUCAGAGCCGACAGAAAAGCUACGCCGACAAGAGGACCAGACCAUUGUCCUUCCAAGCUGGAGAGCAUGUAUUUGUUAAAAUCAAGCCACGACGAGGAGUUAUCCGAUUUGGAAAGAAGGGGAAACUAUCACCCCGGUACAUCGGACCAUUUGAGAUUUUGGAGAAGAUUGGAGAAGUCGCCUACCGCCUAGCCCUGCCACCACAGAUUGACAGAGUUCAUAACGUUUUUCAUGUGUCUAUGCUUCGCAAAUACAUGUCACACCCCUCCCACAUACUCAACUGGGAGGAGAUCACAAUUAACGAAGACACGACUUUUGAUGAACAACCAGUCGAGAUCCAAGAUUAUAGUGAAAAGAAUAUCCGUGGUAAGACGAUCAAACUUGUCAGGAUUUUAUGGCGACAUCAGGGUAUAGAAGAGUCAACUUGGGAACGAGCCGAUACUAUGCGCACCAACUACCCGCAUCUGUUUUCAUCGGAAGGUAUACUUUAAUUUCGAGGACGAAAUUUUCGUUAAGGGGGAUAAGUUGUAACAAUCCUAAUUUAAAUAAAUAAAUAAGUAGUUUAUAAAAAAAAAAAAUUUGAAAUGUUAAAUUCAAAUUCAAUGAUUAAUUAAAUUAAUUAGUUAAAAUAUGAUUAUGUUAAUACGGAAUAAUAUACACUUUACUAUACAUACAUUCAUAAUUGUCUUUAUCUUU